ACUUGGAUCUCCCUCGUCAACAUGUCGUUAUUUCUUGUCCUGGUUGCUUUCGCUCUCUCUGUCUUUUCCCUUCCCGUCCUGGAUGACUCCGUUGACUCCAUCACGAUGCAGAAGAGAUGGGAGCAAGGCAUUUCCGACAAUGCUAUGAUUAUCAAUUGGAUUGGCCUUGGAUUUCUGCCUGACUUCGACGUUUCCAGUGUCAGCGAGAUAAACCAAGCGCUUCCACUUCCCAUGGCGGUUGUAGGCGACUACAUCCCCAUAUCCUCUGACGACACUUCCCUGGGUGGUUUCUGGUAUCACUACAACGAUAUUGUCGGCCAAGCCGUUAAGCCAGUCUACAUGGCUACCAUCGAAUUAUCCGACGGCCUGUGGGACUUUGAUUCUGACCAGGCCGAUGUCAUCUCGCAAGCUAUGGCCGACCUCAACAACGCUGGCGUUCCGGUCUGGGUCCGAUUUGCCUACGAGAUGAACGGUUGUCCGGCCUGGAACGCUUGGGGAUGCGAUCCCAACGGAUUCUUCCAGGCAUGGAAUAUCAUGGCCAAUUCAUUGCAUUACUGGGCCCCGAAUUCCAAGAUGUUAUGGAGCCCCAACAUCGAUACCGAUAAUAACAACUGGGGCAACUACGAUCAGUAUUAUCCUGGUGAUGAUACGGUCGAUCUUGUCGGUCUAUCCUUUUACUCUUUCGGCAUUGAUCAGCAGGAAAAUACGGUUCCUAAUUCUGGGUUUCUCAUCCAGACGGCGGGGCCCUUCUACGACACUUAUUCUGCAGCGAAGGGCAAGCCAUUCGUGCUGAGCGAGACUUCAGCUGCCUACCAUUAUUAUACUGGUACCCAGGUGGCUGCAGCUGGUGGCUCCAAUGAACUUCAGAUCAAGACAGCGUGGAUGAACGAGGUCCUUGGCUGGAAUACUCAUUACAACUUCCCGAAUAUGGUCGCGGCUGUGUGGUUCAACUACCAGAAGAACGAACGUGACCAGACGAUCGAUUACCGCGCGAUUCUGGGCAACCCUUCGGUCCAGUCUAUGGUCUACGCCUUGAAGAACUGGUGAUGGGCCGAGCUCUGUUUUUUUUUCUGGGUCUUUGGGUUUCAAUGGGUAUUGUUGUAUUUCUAUCCCCCGCUUGAUGCGGUGCACCUCUCUGUUGUAAGCAAGAAUGUCCUAGUGGAAUGAAUGUC